GGGAAGCCAAUUCUGGGGACCGGUAGUGGAAGCUCUGAAGCUUGGUUCCGGCCACCUCAGCAGGAAGCGGAGACGCCAGCAGCUGGGUCUCCGGGAACUGAGAGAGAGACCUAACUGUGGUGGCGGCGGAGGAAACCCAGAGGACGCCGACUGCCGGGCGGCCCAGCGUGGGGUUCCUGUAACCUGCGAAGAUGUUGUUGCUCACGAUGAUCGCCCGAGUGGCGGACGGGCUCCCGCUGGCCGCCUCGAUACAGGAGGACGAACAGGCUUUUCGGGACCUUCAAAAGUACCAGAGUCAGGCUAAGCAACUCUUUCGAAAAUUGAACGAGCAAUCCCCUACCAGAUGUACUUUGGAAGCUGACACCAUGAGUUUUCACUACAUUAUUGAACAAGGAGUGUGUUACUUGGUUUUGAGUGAAGCUAACUUCCCUAAGAAGUUGGCUUUUGCCUUCCUAGAAGAUUUACAUUCAGAGUUUGAUGAACAGUAUGGAAAGAAGGUGCCCACUGUGUCUAGACCUUAUUGCUUUAUUGAGUUUGAGACCUACAUUCAGAAAACCAAGAAGCUAUACACUGACAGUCGUGCUCGGAGAAACCUAGGCUCCAUCAACACUGAACUGCAAGACGUGCAGAGGCUCAUGGUGGCCAAUAUCGAAGAAGUGUUACAACGAGGAGAAGCACUCUCAGCAUUGGAUUCAAAGGCUAACAAUUUGUCCAGUCUGUCUAAGAAAUACCGCCAAGACGCGAAGUACUUGAACAUGCGGUCCACUUACGCCAAACUUGCAGCAGUGGCUGUGUUUUUCAUCAUGUUGAUAGUGUAUGUGCGAUUCUGGUGGCUGUGAAGUAGUGAGCCCGGUCACUGGCAAGGGAGAACCUAGACCCCAGCAGGUGUGUGUUUUCAGGAAGCUGAGCUCACAGAGAUGUGUGUUAGAAUCCAAGUGGAACUUCUGCCUUUAAGGACCUUGCAAGAAAAGACAAAUCCUGAAAAUGAAAGGUUACACCUCAUUUAAUGAAGCUUAACCCUAUGGGGAAAGUCUCUUUUGGGGGCAGAGGCUUUCUCUGGGUGCUAAGCUGUAUAUGUUAGGGAACAGUAGAUUGUUUUAUUUUGGGUAUUUUUCCCCUCCCAGUGUUUUACAUUUUUAAAACAGCACUGACUGGGGCAUUCAUUCUUUAACGGAGCCAUCAGUGAGAUUUAACUAAACCAACCUGUGCUAGCAACAGGCUGAAAUUCCUGCAGAGAAGGCAGCCCUCUGGGAAGUUCUUUGACUCUAUCUGAUCAACAUUCCUUUUGUUGGUGACAUUUGUGAUUUUCAGUAAUCUGAGUUUCCGAUGGCCUUUUAAAUAAGACUCCAGUGUGUGAAGGUUAAUUGCUGUGCAGCAAAGAUCUUGUCUAUUGGCCCCUGUAGGAAGUUAACCUUUGUUAUUUUCCUUUUAUAUUUUGCUUAUUGCACAAUUGCUUUAGGGUUAAACGAAUUAUAUUAAGAUGCCUUGAAAUUCUAUUAUAGCACUCCUUGAUUAAGAAGCUAAAAUGUUUUCUGUCAUUUAUUCCUUAAAAGACUUAAAUUAGUUUGGGACAUUCUUAAUUUUAUUUUUCAACGUCUGGUUUAUAUGAAGAGUGAGGAUAGCAUACAUGUAGUCAGAGGCCCCUGACUUGAGGAGAAGAAAGGCCCAGUUCCUAACUAUAGCUUUGCCCUGCCCCUUUCUCACUGUCUCCACUACAGUCUUCCCCACUCUCUCCCUCUUGUCACAGUUGGCUGAUAUUUAAAAAAUUAUUCUGUGCCCAAUAGUUUCAUGUCCCAUAGGCAUCUUCUCAGGACAGUCUCAAAUUUCAAAAUGGAGAAUGUUCAGUUUUGUGGUUAAUUAAAUUUAAAGUUUUGCAGAGUGACUAUUCAAACUACUAAAUACAUUUAUCUGAGAAAGUCUGAGGGCACCUCACACCUGCGUAAGUUUAUAUAAAUUCUCUGCGAAUGACCUAGAGCUAGGCAACUCAUUUAUAGUGACUUCUAGUAACAAAUAAAAGUACCUAUGAUGUUUCCCCUUUUUGCUCAGGGAUAAUGGGGAGUUUCUUUUACCUUCUGAGAUUGAAUUUUCUAAAUGGGAGAAUAGGUCUUUUAAAUAUUGUCACAAGGGCCUGCAAUAUAACCUAUAACUCCUACAAAUACUGCAAAUAUUUCUUUAAAUUGUACAGGAAAAUGAGCCAUCUUCUUACCUCUUAACAUCUUCAGAAAGAACUUUAACCAGUGAGCAAUUUUAUAACUGUGGGCUCAUCAAAGCUACUGUCUUGAUUCCUGAUAGAGAAAAAUAAUUCUAUUUCUUUAUAACAAGGCGAGGAGAAAUGCUUAUUUUAUUCCUGAUAAUUUACAGAACUAGAAUACAUUUUUUUCUUUCCAUUUUGGACCUACAUCUGCCAAUUGGAGUUUUGUGCAUGAAAUAUGAAGUUACUUUUUAUAGAGAAUAAGUGCUUUUAAGUCUCCAAAGGGCUUGUCCCUAGGUAAUGAUGUUGGUAAUAAAAGCCUGUGAAAGGCUGAAAACUAAGUAGAGGCACCGUAGCAUUUGGUGCUUCUGUAGGAGUGGAGAGUGGCAGCUCGCUGUUGAGAGUUGCAUGCUGUAACCAAGUGGUCAGCAGUGAAAUAAAUACUUCUAGAAUGUUCCCUUCAGCGUGAA